GAAACAUUUAACAUAUUAGUUCAUUAUCAUUGUAUUAGUUAACGUAAGAAUCUGGACACGUGUAUUACGUGGACAUCUGGACACGUGAUGUCACGUGUAAAAUUUCAGGGUUUAUCAUGGUCAAACAUAAAAUGAAAUAUUAGGAAAUGUUUUUUUAAUUAAAAAGGUUCGUUAGGAGAGGUUGUCAGUCGAAUAAAGCCACGCCCCCAGUUGGUGCCAUGACCUCCACGAGGGUAUGUGUGUGUGUGUGUGUGUGUGUCAUCUUUUUUUUUCUGGGGACAAAAUAAAAGAAGGAAUAGUUCGCUGCAUGUUUCUGGGUUUGGAGCUGAGGAGAAUAUUCAUGAGAACCGGAAAAGGUUGAGGGAUUGAAAACCGCAAUACGGUGGAACAAGACUGGAGAUGUGAGGACGUUAUGUAACCUCCAGAAUCUGACACAAGGGUUAACGGGGACACUCCCCCUGCCAGACGGACCGGCGCUGUGCGAGAGGAAACGGAGAGGAGGGGGCGGGGUCAUUCUCUCACACACACUCACACACAAACACACACACACUUGCAAGCGCAGGCACGUGACUCCAAAUGGCCGCUGUCGCUUCCCUCUCCUCGCGCGGAGCUCCGUCCCCACUUACCGCCUCACCGUCCGAGUCGCGCCGUUACUGAAGCCGCUUUUCCUCCCCCUCGUUUGGAGGUCACUUGUGCACGAGGAGGGUUUUACACACACACAUUCUCUCUCUCUCACACACACGCUGUCUCUCACACACAGAGCACGAAAAAAAAAGAAAAGAAAACAGCUGCACGACCUUACCAUCCUCGUCCUCAUCAUCUUCACUGCAAAAGCGCGUCAGAAACGAGCCGACGCGCAGGAACUUCCUCAGGUCUCGAGACGCCGGUGGGCGGAGCCAACAGGUUACAGCUCACAGUGAACGAGUGACACUGGAUCAGUGGCCCAUGAGGAGAGAAACAGGGAAAACAGGACAUAAACCAAAUGGCUGCUCGCUUCCUUUCAAAUUACAAAACGAAACCUUCUAGAAGCUUCUCAGAACAUCGGAUUUCUUUCUGACUUCUCGUCUGCAUUCUCCUUCGCCGGCUGGACAGCCCGAGCGGAGUUUGACGACGGCUUACCCCUCCAUUCUGUCAUCUCUCCAUCCAUCCAUCCUUCCAUCUCUUGAUUCCUUUUUAAGCGCAAAAACGUUUGUCCUUCAAAAACCUCGAACCAGAAAUAAACAUAAGGAUCUGGAGCUUUGUACAACACACACGCUGAUGCCCGCACUUUGGAUGGGGGAGGAAUCCCCGUGACUCAUCGCAACAAGGGGCCGUUUUGGAUUUUGUGGGGUCGUACACGCAUUCAGAGGCGGCCAUGUCGGGGAAGGGUUUUCCCGUGGCGCACUUCUCCUACUUCCUCCCUCACGUAAUCGGAGGCCUCUCUCCCCCGUCCAUACCUACCAUGACCGUGAGCGGAUACAGCACACCCUCACCAGCCACCGUGGAGACGCAGAGCACGAGUUCGGAGGAAAUCGUCCCCAGUCCGCCGUCGCCUCCUCCGCCACCGAGGGUCUACAAACCCUGCUUUGUCUGCCAGGACAAAUCGUCCGGCUACCAUUACGGCGUCAGCGCCUGCGAAGGCUGCAAGGGUUUCUUCCGCAGGAGCAUCCAGAAGAACAUGGUGUACACGUGUCACCGCGAGAAGAGCUGCAUCAUCAACAAGGUGACGCGCAACCGCUGCCAGUACUGCCGUCUGCAGAAGUGUCUGGAAGUGGGCAUGUCCAAGGAGUCGGUGCGGAACGAUAGGAACAAGAAAAAGAAGGAGGAGAAGAAGGUGGAGUGUGUGGAAAGCGGCGUGCUGAGUGCCGACACGGAGCUGAUGAUCGAGCGAGUGAGGAAAGCGCACCAGGACACGUUUCCCUCGCUGUGUCAACUCGGCAAAUACACCACGAGUAACAGUUCGGAGCGACGCGUGGCUCUGGACGUGGAUCUGUGGGAUAAGUUUAGCGAGCUCUCCACCAAGUGCAUCAUAAAGACAGUGGAGUUCGCCAAGCAGCUCCCGGGCUUCACCACGCUGUCCAUCGCAGACCAGAUCACGCUGCUGAAAGCCGCCUGCCUCGACAUCCUGAUCCUGCGCAUCUGUACGCGCUACACGCCCGAGCAGGACACCAUGACCUUCUCGGACGGUCUGACGCUGAACCGCACGCAGAUGCACAACGCCGGCUUCGGGCCGCUCACAGACCUGGUGUUCGCCUUCGCCAACCAGCUGCUGCCCCUUGAGAUGGACGACGCUGAGACGGGACUGCUCAGCGCCAUCUGCCUGCUGUGUGGGGAUCGACAGGACCUGGAGGAAGCCGAUAAGGUGGAUGUGCUGCAGGAGCCGCUGUUGGAGGCGCUGAAGCUUUACGUGAGGAAGAGGAGGCCACACAAACCCCACAUGUUCCCCAAGAUGCUGAUGAAGAUCACAGACCUGAGCAUCAGUGCUAAAGGGGCGGAGAGAGUGAUCACGCUGAAGAUGGAGAUCCCAGGCUCGAUGCCUCCUCUGAUCCAGGAGAUGCUGGAGAACUCCGAGGGGCUGGAGAGCUCAGUGGGUGGAACCAGCUCACGGUCAAACCCCGCCCCCUCGGGCAGCUGCAGUCCCUCGCCCUCGCCCAGCUCCACCCACAGCAGCCCAUCUACACAAUCGCCCUGACACACACACACGCACACACACACACACACACACACACUAUAAUCUCCUCUUCUUCUUAGCUCCACCCACUCACUGCUGCAGGGGAUCAGUCGUCCACCGCUUUCUUUUUCUUCUCUCUCCGUUAUUGUAAAGACUCACCAGAGAGACGGAGGAAUAAUUGACAGACACGAAAAAUCGGAACGAACGAGAGCGAAGGAUUCGAGACGAGUGUGGACAUUUUUUUUUGUUUUCUUUUACAUGUUCUUCCUCCAACAUCUCAGGCCCGGACUCGACCACGACGAAUAAACGAUGGACUCGGCCUAACUUCCAAAAGGCUGUUCUUUUUUUGUUUUUGUUUUUUUACAUAAAUAUAUAAGUAUAUAUAUAUAUAGACAAGCCUAGGAAUGAUCGUGAAGCAACAACAACAACAACAAAACCUUGGAAAACUUUGGACUCGGAGUGUCGCUGUAUUUCUUCACUGUUUUGUUUUCUCUCUUUUUUUAUGUCUGGAGAUGAAAAAAAUACAGAGGGAAAGAGUUGUUCUUUUAUUUCAAACUGAUGAUGAUGCAGGGUUUUUUUUCUUUUUCUUUUUUCAUGGAAACAGAAAUGUUGAACAAAAAAAAUUUACACUUGUGUAAAUUGUGCACAGAUGAAAUGAGAUAAAACUGUGGUU